UAAUUCAAUUGGCACGCUUCUGGGUGUUGUUGGUGAUAAGUGCACAUCUGGUCAUCUUGAAGAGCAACGACGCCAACGUCUCACUAUACUUUGUAAUCCUGUAUAUAUAGGCGAAACGAGGAAAGACGAUAAAGAGAGGAGAGGGUGCUAAGAAUCCAUCCCUCUGGCUGCUACUGCCGCCAUUGGUCCUCUUCUUCCUCGUGCAUGCACGGACAUGAGUAGCGACGGCAGUGCCGCCGUCAACACGGUGGGAUCGCUGCUAGCCGUCAUCGCAAACGCUAUUCAGGAUGCUUUGCGCGUCCUCAUGUUCGCCGACAAGCGGGCAUGGGGGCCGCCUGAGUUCGAGCAGUUGCGUCUGCUCGAGGAGGUGCUCGAUGAGGCGAAACGGGACUUCCAAGAGCUCCCCGCGCUCGUAAAUGGGCGUUUCUACUACGAAAACGAUCGCAAGGAGGACAGUCUCGAUGAGUUACAGGAAUUGUACACGCGCUUUCAAGAGCACUCUCAGAAUCUGAAGUCCUGGGUACGGGCUGGUGGGCCUAUAGAACCGGAAUGGUCAACAGAGACACGUUGGCUGAGACGAGAGCUGCACCGUACUCAAUGCCGUGCGGUACGGCGUAUUCACGAUGACCUCGAAAGCUCGUCCUCACGGCCGCGGUGCCUGGGCGCCUUAAUUGUGGGGCGCAGUCAGCAACGACAAGCGUCCCAAACUCCUACUGAUCAAACUGACACUUCCACGCCGAGGCAACAAAGACAGCAACGGCCGCAAAUGAGAGUUCCAACAAGGAUAGCAACAUCGGCGACAUAUCCGGACUCAAUAGCCAGCGGCGAGAUCGCAGCCUGCAACUCAACAGGCACAUUCCAGCGCCUGGGACCCGGGAAUCAGGAUAUCGCUUUCGUCUGUGACUUCUGUGAUGGAUUCCUAGUAUGGGAGAACCUGCGCUCAAUGCCAAGCACAAGGCAGCACCCAGUGACCUCAUCUGCCAGCUUAGUCGAACACUGGGCUGCGACAGGGUUCACGCACCCUCGCUCGCACCUACAUUCUAAUAAAUAUCCUUCUGCCUUUGGACAAGACUCCGAUGUUGAGCUCCAAGAGGGGAGAAGUAAUCCAAACUUCCUGGCCACGACAACAGGUCAAACAACAACAAGGGAGCUAAGAUUAGUGACCGAGAUGGAGAUGGAGAUGAAAGGAGAAGAGAAGACCGUCAUCUUCCCGCCCGUCGCCAUCGCGAACCAUCUUCCACCCGACCUUGGCGAGUGGCAGGCCUCCCUUCUCUGCCCUCUCUGUGACGAAUACUACUAUGAGGAACAGGGUGACGAUGACAUGGAUCGUAUGCGGUAUACACAAGAUGAACGCGGAUUCGAGUCCGUUGCCACGCUGCAAGAGCAUCUUGAAUGGACCCACGGCAACCUCCUAGGGAACGUUGCACCCAAGACUUCGAGCUGCGGGAUCAUGUAGGCGCCCCCCCCUUCCCGCUCAUUGUGUAUGGGAUAAACCCUGCCGUGAAAAUGCAUGGCUUAUGAUGUGAUAACGAUCUUUGACGACAUGAUUCCCUCAUUUACUCACCAAAAAACAAGACUGGAUGAGGGAAGAAGAAAAAGAAAGAGGGAGAGAGAGAAAGAGAGAGACAUUCUUCUGAUUAGUUGUUUGGAACGGUUCUCUCCCCUCUCUCUCUGUCUAGGUUUAACCUUGUACAUAUUAAUCUUAGCCUGACGAUUGGGAGAUAUAGGCAGCAAGGCGUUUUGGUCGGGUCAAGGUGCCUGAAGAAGGAAAUCAAAAUCCGCGAAUGCGAAUAUUUUUGCGCGCGCGACUCUCGUAUAAUAUGCAUACACAUGUGCAUGCAUCUGUAUCA